CUUUAAUGAUUUGUGUCGACAAACAUAUGAUUGAAUUGUUUAUGCAUUUUAUUAUUGCAUUCAUUCCCUGAUUAGUGUCUCGUAUUAAUGGUUUCGCUCUACCAUUAGGUGUCCCAACACUUGACAGCCAAACGGUUUUAGCGGUUCAGCAGCUCUUCAAUGACACGAAUGCCUCAAACAUCGCAAACAAUGAUGUUGAGGAGGAAGAGGAGGAUGUGUUUCAGUGCGGGAAAUGCAAAAAACAGUUCUCAAUACUGAAUACAUUUGUCAACCAUAAGAAGGAAUGCGGAAGACUUGGAUCCAAAUCUGGAUUUAAUCGCAAUGUCCACCAACUGUCCACUCAUGACCAGCAAUCGAUAGCUAAUCUCAAGGCCAGUGUUUCACCGCUCGGCUCUCAUCUAUCGCUGCCAACAUCUCCAACGAUAUCCAAUA